CCCGGCCCCAGCAUGGCUGACCAGGCGCCCUUCGACACGGACGUCAACACCCUGACCCGCUUCGUCAUGGAGGAGGGCAGGAAGGCCCGCGGCACGGGUGAGCUGACCCAGCUGCUCAACUCGCUCUGCACGGCCGUCAAAGCCAUCUCCUCCGCGGUGCGCAAGGCCGGCAUCGCGCACCUCUAUGGCAUUGCUGGUUCUACCAACGUGACGGGUGAUCAAGUUAAGAAGCUGGACGUCCUCUCCAACGACCUGGUUAUGAACAUGUUAAAGUCAUCCUUUGCCACGUGUGUUCUGGUGUCAGAAGAAGAUAAACACGCCAUCAUAGUGGAACCUGAGAAAAGGGGUAAAUAUGUGGUCUGUUUUGAUCCCCUUGAUGGAUCUUCCAACAUCGAUUGCCUUGUGUCCAUUGGAACCAUUUUUGGCAUCUAUAGAAAGAAAUCAACUGAUGAGCCUUCCGAAAAGGAUGCUCUGCAGCCAGGCCGGAACCUGGUGGCGGCCGGCUACGCGCUGUACGGCAGUGCCACCAUGCUGGUCCUUGCCAUGGACUGUGGGGUCAACUGCUUCAUGCUGGACCCGGCCAUCGGGGAGUUCAUUUUGGUGGACAAAGAUGUGAAGAUCAAAAAGAAAGGUAAAAUCUACAGCGUUAACGAGGGCUACGCCAAGGACUUCGGCCCUGCUGUCACUGAGUACAUCCAGAGGAAGAAGUUCCCCCCAGUAAGUGAGGGCCUCCAGCUGCGACUGCUGUACGAAUGCAACCCCAUGGCCUACGUCAUGGAGAAGGCCGGGGGAAUGGCCACCACCGGGAAGGAGGCCGUGCUGGACGUCGUUCCCACAGACAUUCACCAGAGGGCGCCGGUGAUCUUGGGGUCCCCCGACGACGUGCUCGAGUUCCUGGAGGUGUCUAAGCGGCACUCUGCCCAGUGAGCACCUGCCCUGCCUGCGUCCCGGAGAACUGCCUCCGCCUGGACCUGUUGUCGCACACGGCAGCCGCCCGACCCGCCGUGUCCCUUACAUUCCUAGACAGCGGAAACAAAACGCACGGCUGUUUCCACCCUCAGUCGCUGUGGAAUGCCCGGCCCUCCCUGACCAAAUGCUGUCUCCGAAACGCCACUGGUGGCAAGAUGCAGUUCGAGUGUAUCGAGGAGAAAUAAACUUUUUCCUCC